AUGCCAAACCUGACCAACUCGUGUGCAGGUGACCCCUGCAACGGUGGGAAGUGUAGCCAGCAGUGGAACAGGUAUGAGUGUGACUGCGGGAUGACAACGUACACCGGACCAACUUGCGAAAACGUCAGCACCACGUAUGAGUUUGGACCGGCAGGAGGCCUCAUCACCUAUGAGUUCCCCAGCGAGGCGCGGCCCAACACCAGGAUUGAUAUGCUGGCUGUUGGCUUCACCACCAGGGUCACCCAGGCCGUCCUGGUCCGCAUCGACUCUGCAACAUCAGACGACUUCAUGGAGAUCAUGAUUGAUGAUGGGCUGCUUGUUGCCACGUACAACAUGGGCACACAGGACCAUCCCGUUUCUGAAAAAUCUAAAAAAGUCAACGACGGAAGUUACCACAUUGUACGGUUCUCACGUAUCGGCGCUAACGCAUCGCUACAGCUGGACAAUCUAGCGCUCAAUGAGAAGAAACCGACAGUUCCUAGCUACUUAUCCUCUGAGGACAGGAGUAAACAACUCAGUGUCUUCAACAGCCAGGCCUACAUUAGGCUUGGAGGACGCGGCAGCAGUAAUGGGCGGUCCAGGCGAGCCGUCGACAAGCCCUACUUUGUCGGCAUGCUGUCGGGUUUCUACUACAACGACAUCAAGGUUCUGGACCUGGCACGUCAGAAGGACCCCCGGGUUCGAGUGGAGGGGGACGUGAAGGCCGUUAAACCCCCGUCCAUGCCCACCCGUGUGCCCCCCCUCCCCGUACCUCCACAGCCUCGCAAACCUGUGCCCCCAUCAGACGAGGAUGACAUCCUGGUGAUGUCAGGGUCAGGCUGUCAGAGUGAUGAUGAAGACGACUGUGACCCAUCACUGGGCUCAGUGGGAGGGAAAGGAGAAGACGGGAUCAUCACCCCCAUCAUUAACGGCCAGCCCACAGUGAAACCCCCCAAACCGCCAAAGAGCCUGCCGAUUGACCCGACGCCCUCGGACGUUCCCGACAGCUGCGACGAUGAGGAUGAUCCGGACUGCGACGACGGCUCGGGCUCCGGCGACGGCUCCGGCACCACCACGGCGAGCACGGACGCCGGAGUCAGGUUCUCCGUUACCACGACGACGGGCGGAGGCAAGCAGACGGCGCCUCCCACGCUUCAGCCGUCGCCCCCGCUCCAGCCGGGCCUGACUCCGAACACGGUCCCGAGAGGCAACGGCCAGAUCCCGCCGACAUCCAACGUCAUCCCGCCGCUGUUUAACAAACCGCCCAACGGUAAACCCUCGAACAUCAUCACGCUGGACCCCGGGAACGGGAAGAACCCCGUCCAGAACCCCGUGCAGGAGCAGCAAGUGGCGGACACGGCGAGCACGACAGGAAUGGUGGUGGGCAUCGUGGUCGCCGCAGCCAUAGCCCUCCUCAUUCUCCUCUAUGCAAUGUACAAGUAUAGGAAUAGAGACGAAGGCUCCUACCGGAUAGAUGAAAGUCGAAACUAUAACUUCCACACCAGUGGAUUACCAGCACAACAAAACGGCUCAGUCCCGAAAGAGAAACCACAUAAACCAGUAAAAAAGAAAGAUUCGAAAGAGUGGUACGUAUGAGGUGCCAAUGUAAAGAUCUCCCCCCCUCCCUGUCAACUCAUAGGUCCCUUACUGUAUCAGUUGUUGCAGUAGACCAGGAGUGAAAGGAUCACACUAUAGAAUACAGAAUAUUGAAACAACAGAAAAUGCAUUGUUUGUCUUGCCAGAAUGGAGAGAGGGGGCCGUUAGCUCAUAGGAAAAACUAUUCUAAAAAUUGACCAAAGUCAGCGAGAACUUUUGCCACAUGUCACUGUAACGGUGUAGUCCUACUUCAUUGUAGCAGGUUUGUAGUGUAUGUCAGCAUUUCAUGUCUAGCCUUCCACAGAUGGCUUUUAUCCAAAAAAAUAUCAUAAAUAGCUGUAUGCAACAUAUCUUAUUUAAUAUUGGUCUUCUGGUGUCCCUCUAUAUGAAACAAGGAGACUUUUAGUAAUUUAAUCAACGCUUUGUGUAAGAAAGGCCCAUUUGGGAUUUUACAAAUAUUAUAUAUUUUGUUUAUUUAAAGCAGAUUUUGAUAUUCUAUACAGGAAUCUGACUGUACAUGUGUGUCAGCUGUAUACCAUUUCACACCAUCCAUACAUUGAGUAGGAGUACAGACUAGCUAAAUUUGUAAACGUAUCAAAAAGGACAUGCGAGGGUUGAUUGUUUUUUGCUUCCCUGGAGGAAGUGAGGAGACAUAAUGUCAACAUUCCAGUAUUCCCACCUAACUUGGCUCUAACCCACUCACUCAGGAACAUGCAGACUCAAGCCUUGUGCCUUUUACACUGCUUUAAAAAAACAUCCAUCUGGGAACAGUACAUUGAAUUCCAAUCACUUUUGUGGGCUGCAUCUGUAGAAUAUAUUGCUAUAGCUGACAAUCAUUCAAAAAAGCCUCCAAAAGUUGUUUUCUGUCUUGACAAUCUUUCGUAGGCAUCCCAACAUCACUCUAAACCAGCUGUAAAGAAAAAAACGGUGCUAACGUCCCCCAACAAUUUUUUGUUUACCUGCUCUGUUGUGUUCCUAGCAAGUUGUGUAAACAAAAUGCAAUUGUUCUAUAUACAAGCUCCAGGGAUAGUUUACUUCGGGCUUGUUCCUGCAUGUUCCUCCAACUGAAAUCUCGUCUCCAAAUGUGCCAGUAAAUGUACUGUUGUCAUGUGGAGGCCUAUAAAAGGGAGAGACAAUGUUCAUUUCUUUGUAGCCUCUCUCUCUCUCUCUCUCAGCCAGUACAGAUGCGGAUCCCUCCGUCCCUGUGAUAUAUGUGUGCUUACAUAGGUCUAUAGCAAUAUUCCUUGUAGGAAUAGCACAGGCAGAGGAACAAAAAAAUAUCCUGCCCAAUCUUGGACUGCUAUAAGUACAUGUAUGUGAUGUGACACACAGUUCUCGUUACAAAAAAAAAAGAUAAAGACAAAAAACUUCUGUAAGAAGCAACACAAACAUUGGUUACUUUGAGAGAAAUGUAUGAAAAAUUAUGAUGAUUUGAGGUCCCCAUUGCUAGCGCACCAUGUAUAUAUAUAUAUUUGUAUGCUCUCUGUUGGUUGGAGCCUUAGGCUGUGAGCAGUGUUAUAUGGGGAACUAGUGAUACCAAGAAAACCAGUACUAUCGUGUGCAAGAAUGAUCAGUGUAAUAAAUAGUGUGUGUGGAUGAAUCCAAGCUUUAUGUACUUAAAAGAGCUAUACAGAAUUAUGUUAUACCGACUGGAUGUUUAUAUGGUGUCAUUUUUUAAGUUAUAAGGGUCAACAACGAUUAUUUGUAGCUAUGUACUGUGUUUUAUAGAAGAUUAAAUAUGGAGAUGUAGCAAUAAAAAGAGUCUAGAAGUCCUCAGUUGAUAUUUAGUUCCAAAAAUCUCCGGUCGAGUUUUGAUGUCUAGAUGCAGAAAUCAUCAAUAAACUUGAAACAAAA